AUGACUUCGGCUCAAACAAGCAUUCUAUCAAAGCGUGUUAGUACUUUCUUACAACAAAAACCUGAUCAUGACUGGCUGAUGAUACCGCUUAAUGAUAAAGGUGGCAAAGAUCAAUUCAAGAAUAUUGUCGUCUAUGCAAUCUUUUCUUCAAAUUUAAAUCGAGAUGAUUUCGCAUAUUAUAUUGAUAUGACAUUUUGUGAUUUAUCAGAAGACAUGAGAAAAAGAAUGAAAGGCUUAUAUCUAACAAAUAGUCAUUCUUUUCAACAGGAAGAUAUUGUUUUUGACUAUGCCGCCAAAGAUGGUAAAAUAUCGGCAUCAUUACUUCAAAUAGUUGCUCAAAAAAAUCGAUCAAAUCAGUUGGAAGUUCUUGUUGGUGUUAUAUCUCUUAUACGAACACCUUUAGUGGGCUGGCACUUCAACAACGACUAUUGGAAAAGUGACAAAUGUCGAGUACAACGAGGAUUGCAGUAUAUAUUUGCAAGUGAAGCUCAAAAAGAACUAUCUCGCUAUUGA